AUGAUAGAUAAAAAGCUCGAGUUCUCUGAUAAAUAUUAUGUUGCUGAGGAAUGUGCCCUGGAAAACAUUGCAAUGGACGACAAGAAGCUGCUCCGCAAGGUUGACUGGCACCUCUUGCCCAUCAUGUUUUUGACAUAUUUCUUACAGAUGCUUGACAAGUUAUCCAUCAAUUAUGCAAAUGUGAUGGGUCUCCAGGAUGACUUGGGGAUGACUGGCAAUGAUUUCUCCUGGCUGGCAACGGCCUUCUUCAUUGCAUAUGCUGUGGCAGAGAUUCCCCAAGGGGCUCUUCUGCAGCGGUUUCCAGUUACAAAAGUGCUUGGGGCCAAUAUUUUCUGCUGGGGUGUGAUUCUGUGUUGUUCUUCUGCCGCGAAGAACUUUUCCCACAUGCUCGCCUUGCGAAUCCUGCUAGGGUUGAUGGAGGCUGCCAUCGCUCCCUCUCUCACAAUGUAUACGAGCAUGUGGUAUACCCGUGCGGAGUCAACACCACGUUACGGAUUUUGGUACUGUGGCUUGGGCGCCGGGCAGAUUAUCGGCGGGCUGAUCUCAUUUGCUGCUCAACAUGCCCCGGCAAAUAUGCCAUUUGGUGGCUGGCGCAUUAUGUUCAUGGCCAUUGGUGCUUUUAAUGUCUUGGUUUCAUUGCUUGUCAUACUCCUCCUCCCAAAUACCCCGGACGAAGCCAAGUUUCUCCACGAGUCGGAAAAGCAGCGCAUUGAACAGCGGCUGACCGGUGAUCAAUCUGGCGUGGGUGUCAAAGUCUUCCGGUGGUGGUCGAUUCUUGAGGCAUUUGGAGAUCUCCAGACCUGGCUGCUCGUCUUGCUCACUAUCCUCAUCACAAUCCCAAGCGGUGUAAUCACAACCUUCUCCGCGAUUUUGAUCAAGGGCUUCGGGUAUGGCUCCAAAGAAAGUGCGUUACUUAACAUGCCUUCUGGGGUCGUGAGUAUUGUGGCGACUAUGGUUUCUACGUACGCAAUUUCCAGGGGAUUUUCGCGUUGGCUGGCAAUUGACUUACUACUUCUUCCAACACUACUGGGGUCUUGUUUGAUGUCUUUUCUCCCCUCUGCAAACCAGCCUGGUUGCUUAGCGGGCAUCUAUUUAGUCAACACGACUGUCGCUCCGUUGGCCUUGAUUUAUGCAUGGACCGGUGCCAAUUUCAAGGGAUACACAAUGAAGGUUUCUGGUGCAGCGAUUGUCUCCGCUGGAUUCAGCAUUGCGAACAUUAUUGGACCCCAAACUUUCCAGGCCAAGGAUGCUCCUCAGUAUAUUCCGGCAAAAAUCACUAUUGUCGCUGUAAAUGCUGCCGCCAUCAUAGUCUCGACUGCCUUGCGCAUUAUGUACGGGAGGCGCAACUCUACUGCAGAUCGGCUGGGUAUGCCAGCACGUAGCCCGAUAGAAACACGUCUGGCUGAGAAGGGAGAAGUACAAGAUGUCCAUGAUGAUAAGAAUUUCCGCUAUGUAUUUUGA